CCCUGGGACGGGCCUCCUUCCUGCAUCCUCCUCCGCGGCUGGUCUCUUUUUGUCUAAGCGUGACUCUCGCGGCCCGAGCCCGGCGCGCCCCGCCGGAAGCGCCCCCCGGGGCCUGCGUUGCCUGGCGCUGGCGAUAAAGCCAAGGGUUUGCGCGGAGUCGCUUGCUGACCUCUCCUCCUCUGCCCUCCCUCUCUUCCUCCUGCCUCCUCCCUCCCCUUUCCCGCCUUCUGCCUCGGAUCGCCGCGUCGGUAGUGCUCGCCACUUCUGACAGGCCCCUUCGCAGCACAGUUCGUGCCCGCGGACUUCUGAGUCGAGCCAUCGAUGCGUUUGACUACGUGCCUCCAGCUUUGGCCCGCGCUGCUGUGUCUGCCCCGUCUCGCGGCGUCGCUCGAGGGGACCGGGCUCCUCCGGCAGGCUGAGGCCGCCGGCCUGCGGGCGGAGAACGAGCGCCUCCGGGCCGAGAUCGCGCGGCGCCGCGCGGAGCUCGCCCUCAAGCCGAAGCAGGAUGCCGCCGGCCAGCAGAAGGCCAAGGCCACCUCGCUGCACAAACACGAGGCCGCCGGCCAGCACAAGGCCGCCAGCCGGCACAUGCCCAAGGCGAGCGCCGAGGGCAAGGAGCACCGCAAGCUCGCGCUGCACGCCAAGGGCCGCUCGGCGGCCCAGCACAAGGCGAAGGCGGGCGCGGAGGGCGAGCACAGGGCGAAGGCUGGGGCGAAGGGCGAGCACGCGCUGAGCCACGGGCACGUCCAGGCUCACAAGGGGAAGGCGGAAGCCAAGGGCCAGCACAAGUCCAAGGCCGACGCGGCAGGCCAUCGCACGGCCCCAGCCGCAGCGAAGGGCCACCACGCGGCGAAGGCGGAGGGCAAGGAGCACCACAGGGCCAAGGGCAAGGCUCAGAGGGCGUAGCUGGGAGCAAGCACUUCCAGGCUAGCAGAGUGCGCUUGUGCACGGCGGUAGGUUGCACGCGAGGCGGCCCGAGUCCUCGCACAGCUGACCAUCUCCCGCCUGCACGGCAGAGCCUGCGCGAGUCCUGCCAGGACCUCUGCGCCUCGGUCGCCGGAGCUUGCAA